UCACACUUUUAAUUCCUUUUACCUCCCAUUUUCUUCCUUCUCUUGCAAAUCAAAGCUUCCAAUCCAAACAGCCUCUUUAUUUCCAUCUUCCCCUUCUUCUUUUCUCUUCAAAUUCUCGCUCGCUUUCUCGCCUUCUCAUUUUUUCUCUUUAGCAUAUUAUUGGUUUUCAAAAAGAAGGAAAAAGAAAAACGAUUUGCUCAAAUGGCGAGUUUCUUGACGGCGACAACGCUUGGAAAUCCAAAUCCAAACAAGUCUUUCGAGGUUUUGGAACCUCCUAAUGACUCUGUUUCAAGUCUCAGUUUCAGUCCUAAGGCCAAUUUUCUGGUCGCAACUUCUUGGGAUAACCAGGUGAGAUGUUGGGAGAUAAUUCGAAAUGGGGUAAAUGUUGCCAGCAUGCCGAAGGCAUCCAUAAUGCACGAUCAGCCGGUAUUGUGCUCAACAUGGAAAGAUGAUGGAAUGACUGUAUUUUCUGGUGGAUGUGACAAACAAGUGAAAAUGUGGCCUUUGAUGUCUGGCGGCCAGCUAAUGACUGUGGCAAUGCAUGAUGCACCCAUCAAAGAGAUGGCUUGGAUCCCUGAGAUGAGUUUAUUAGUCACAGGAAGCUGGGACAAGACAUUGAAGUAUUGGGAUACGAGGCAGUCGAAUCCUGUACACGUUCAUCAGCUCCCUGACCGCUGCUAUGCACUUACAGUGAAACAUCCUCUCAUGGUUGUUGGCACUGCUGAUAGAAAUUUAAUUGUCUUCAACUUGCAGAAUCCACAGACCGAGUACAAGAGGAUUCUUUCACCCUUGAAAUAUCAGACAAGGUGUGUUGCUGCCUUCCCAGAUCUGCAAGGCUUCUUGGUUGGAUCGAUAGAAGGACGGGUUGGUGUGCAUCAUUUGGAUGAUCAGCAACAAGGCAAAAAUUUUACUUUUAAAUGUCACAGAGAGGGCAAUGAGACGUUCUCAGUCAACUCACUAAAUUUCCAUCCUGUGCACCACACUUUUGCAACUGCUGGUUCUGAUGGAGCUUUCAACUUCUGGGACAAGGAUAGUAAACAGAGACUGAAGGCCAUGUCCAGGUGUAGUCAGCCUAUUCCUUGCAGCACGUUCAACAAUGAUGGUUCCUUAUUUGCAUACUCGGUGUGUUAUGACUGGAGCAAGGGUGCAGAGAAUCAUAAUCCUGCAACAGCAAAGACAUACAUUUUCCUACAUCUGCCACAGGAUUCUGAGGUUAAAAGCAAGCCUCGAAUUGGGACUAGUGGUAGAAAGUAAUGCUGAAUUCAAAGUUGUUUUGCCUGUAUGUAAACGUCAAUCACAGUAAAGGUAGAAAAUUAGGAUAGAUCCUUCCUUGCGAGCAUAUGUAGAGAGCAUAGAGCUCAGGUAAGGAAAGGAAAAGAUUUUGUUUCAGGUAGGUCUUUGAAGCAAAUACUUGUUCCUCGUGGUGAUAUGUAGUUAGCAGUUAUACGCAGAUCCUUGUACAGAUUAGGCGUUAAAUAGAUAUUUCAAACUUUGCCUUGUUUUAUUUUACUGGCAGUAAACCGAAUUCAUCUCCCAGAUGUUGGAAGGAAUGUAUUAAAAUCGUCCGAGAGUAAGGCCCAAUUAUAUAUACCUCUACUCUCGCCUCGGCUUAUUUCUUUGCUUUA